UUAUGUUGUGGGGAAAUUUACCAGGAUCAUUCGGCCAAUCCCCUCCGACUUAUGAGGCUAAUGGUAAAAUUAUUAAGCUUUCAAAUAACCCCUAUAAACACUUUUUUUUAAAUUGAUUGGGUUUUGUACAAAUAAAAUAAUUUUAGUGAAUUAUGCUUCUACAAAAUACCUCUACCAUUGAUUGCAAUCAGGGAGCUAUUCGAGCAAUUCGUUUUAAUGUGGACGGUUCCUAUUGUUUAACAUGUGGAGCAGAUAAAAAAAUUAAAUUGUGGAAUCCUUACCGCAAUUUAUUAUUGAAAACGUAUGGUGGACAUGGUAAUGAAGUUUUGGAUGCUUGCAGUUCUUGUGAUAGUAGUCAGAUAGUUUCUGCUUCAUCUGAUAAAUCAGUUAUUGUCUGGGAUGUCACUACUGGCCAUCCUUUAAGAAGGCUUCGAGGACAUGCCGCAAGUGUUACUUGUGUAAAAGUAAAUGAAAACUCCAGUAUUGCUAUAUCAGGUGGUUUAGACAAUAUGGUGAUGUGUUGGGACUUAAAAUCACGUUCACAGACUCCUGUGCAAAUUCUGAAGGAGGCUAAAGAUUGCAUAACAUCUAUUAAAGUUACAGAACAUGAAAUAUUAACUGGUUCAGUUGAUUGUUCCGUUCGGAGAUAUGAUUUAAGGAAUGCCCGGUGUGACUCUGAUUUUGUAGGAGCUGCCAUUACAUCAGUAAGCUUUUCACAUGAUGGGCAAUGUAUUUUGGUAAGUUCUGCAGACAACACUGUGAGGCUUAUAGAUAAACAUUCCGGUGAGAUGUUAGGAGAAUAUAUUGGUCAUCGAACUGAGGACAUGAACAUUGAAAGUGAUAUAAUAACAAAUGAUAAUUACAUAUUAUCUGGAUCUGUAACUGGGGAACUUUGGUGUUGGGAUUUAGUUUCAGCAGAAGUAAAACAGAAAUGUGUACACACACAUGGAAAGGUCCUAAAUUCUCUAAGUGUCCAUCCAACCAAAGAUAUUGUAUUAACGGCUGCAGUAAAUACUGUAAAACUUUGGGAAGAUAUGUACAAUAGUGAAUCUGAAACAGUUGAAACUGUAAAUCAAGAACAUUUAAUGAGAUAGAUAUGAUUCUGUAUAAAAGGUGGUUUUUAAAAAAUUUUAUGUUGAGUUUUAAAAUUUGGAAACAGAAUGUUAGAGUCAUAUACAUAUAUAUAUCCAAGGAGACAGUAUUGUUUUCAUUUUAAGGUGAUGCAAAUAUCUUGAUUCUCUUUAUGAUUGAACAUUGUUACCAGUGCUGGACAUAGCCGGGUUUUUUUACAGAUACACUAUGCAGAGAAUAAUAUAUUAUUAUAUGUAAAAUAAACAAAAGUCCUGUUUAUAUUUCAUUGAGCAUUACCCCUAAAAAAAAUAUUUCUCACAAUGGUGAUAUGGCUCAUAAGAAAUUUACAAUAUUACAGUGAAUAAAAACACGCUAAUGUACGGGAGUGUUUAACCUCGAUUUUACGUUCGUCUUGUACUAUUCUGCUUUUGCUUAUUGUUUGUGAGAAAAGUGACUUUUUGAAAGUGAA